GCUGAGCUUAGCAAGACUUCCACGAUGGAUGAGACCUCUGACGAGCCUCCCACGUCUGCGGUCCUCUUAGACAACUGCCACUUCUCCCAGGUCGUCUUUAACAACGUGGAGAAGUUUUAUGUUCCUGGAGGAGACGUAACCUGUUACUAUACCCUCACACAGAACAUUGUUCCUCGCAGGAAGGACUGGGUGGGCAUCUUCCGGGUGGGAUGGAAAACAAUCCGGGAAUAUUACACAUUCCUGUGGGCUCCUCUGCCCGGUGGCGUCAACAGUGAGACCGCUGUGCAGCAACAGAUCCAGUUCAAAGCUUACUACCUACCGAAAGAUGACGAAUACUACCAGUUCUGCUACGUUGACCAGGACAGCGUGGUCCGGGGAGCCAGUGUGCCUUUCCAGUUCAGACCAGAGACUGAGGAUGAUAUCCUGGUGGUUACCACACAGGGAGAGGUGGAAGAGAUUGAACUGCAGAACAAAAAUUUGCAUAAAGAAAAUGAGGAGCUGAAAGCAAGCUGUGCAAGUCUCCAGAAACAAAACAGUGACCUGCAGGAAGAGCUCAAGAAGACACAGCUGCAGAAUAGUUCAGAGUCACUAAGGAGCAACACAGAGAAACUGGAGCUGGAGCUGAAUUCCCUGAAAAAGGAGAAUAAACACCUAAAGGAGCUGGGUGACCGCAGAGAGGCAGAACUGCACCAACUUGAAGAGCAGAUUCAGAAUGUGACCUCUGAGAAGGAACACCUGGAAACCAGACUGAAAACAGCCCUGGAUCACAUGGACCAGCUGCAGUGUCAAGUGUUGAAUUAUGAGAAAGAAGUGGAAAACCUGUCUCAGGUGGACCGUGACAAAACCAAGCAGCUUGAAAGUUUAAAGGAAAAGAAUCGCCAGUUAUGCAUGACCAGAACUCAACAACAGCAACAAAACCACGACUUAAUGAACGAACUUGAGGAGCAGAAGCGUUUGUUUCAGAUUCUGCAGGCAAGAAAGAAUGAAGCUGAUGAGGAAAAUCAGAAACUAAGGGACAAGAAUGAUGGACUCCUGAGGCAGCUCUCGCAGGCUAGAGAGUUUUCUUCCUUCUCUAUUGCUUCGGAAGCUCAAGCUCCAAUUCCAGUUCCUGAAGCAGGAGGCCUUCUGUUUGGAAAUCCAUAUUGUGCUGCAGGAGGAAACCUGGGGGCAGAAGCUGCAGACACAGCUUCUAUAAGGAAAUGCCCCAUGUGUAACGAGGUAUUUCCCGAAGACAUUGAAACAAGGCAGUACGAGGCCCAUGUGCAGAGCCAUCUUCUGGAGUGCCCACUCUGCAGCGAGGCCUUUGAAAAGUCCAAUAAGCAAGUGUUUGAUGACCAUAUGUUUUGUCAUGGCCUGGAAUAA